UCAACAGUUAGAAAGAGACGCGUCUAAUAUAUUGUAUUGCCUCCAUUCGAAAUUACAGAAUUGCGUUGUAGUUACCUGCGUCUACAUGUGGACAUGUGGAUAAAACAGAGAUAUACAUUGUAUUAAGCGUACAAAUGCGAAAAAGACACAUCCAAGAUGUCAUGAUCUCGUUUCUGAGGUUUAUUGACGAGACCAAUUAAUGUUUCAAGACGCUGUACAUAAAUACGGUAAUGGCGCCUAAAACAACACUGUUAAUGAGUCUUAUGACCGCAAGUUUGGUCGCCUUGACACCACGUGCUGAAGUUAUCGAUAACCUGUGCUUUCCUUGUUUAUGCGUUUCGCAGAAUGAGCAAGGUUUGUACAAAGUGAACUGCAGAUCAAACCCUCUGCUUAACGGUAGUUUGCCAGAUUUCAAACACAUUUCCGAAGCUCAAGUGUACUCACUUGACAUGUCAAACACCAGACUAAAUAAUUUCACCACUAGAACAAUGACGCCUUUUGCAGAUUACAACAAUUUACAAGAAUUGAAUAUGGAAAAUACUUCUAUCAAUUCCAUGAAAAAUAACAGUGCAACAAUUGAAAGCCAAACAUUUUCAGGUCUGGAAAAGUUAAAAUAUCUAAACAUUGCUCAUAACGAUCAAUUUGCUCUUACCAAUGAAACGGAUGUAAAUUUUUUCGAGCUUUUGACGUCUCUGAAAAAACUCGUAAUGUAUCAGACUAAUUUAAUUCCAAUCAAAGUCAAUACCGGUUAUCCCGGACCAAGCUUGGCAAAAUUUCAGUCUUUGGAAGAAUUAUGGAUUGAUGGAUUUUCGCAAGUUCCUUUUGGAGCAGAAUUUCAAAAUAUGACGAAUCUAAAAAUUAUUCGUAUAUCUGGUGACCUCAUUUUGCCACAUUGGCAAAACCAAGAUUUCUGUAGCAUUAAUGAUAUCACAGAUUACACUUUGGCAAACUUGAGACAUGUCUCAAAUUUAUCAAUCAUUAGAUGCGGAGUAUCUCAUAUAAGUAAAAACGCCUUCAAGGGUAUGACGGGAAUACGCAUGCUUGAUUUGUCUAUGAAUUUCGCGUUGGGGUUGGAAACUCCUUUUAACAGUUUUUACAGUUUACCUUCCGGAAUGGAAAUGCUUAUCUUAGACAGCGUUGUUGACGUUUAUGCAAUUGACUGUCCCAUCGAAAUCACAAAAGAAAUGGCAGCAUCGAUCAGUCAUACAGGUUUGAAGAUGAUUUCAUUAGAUAGAAACACAAUAAACAAAAUCGAUCCUGAUGCGUUUUCGGUUCUGCCAAAGAGUCUUCAACAUAUACGAAUAAGGGCAAACAAAUUUGAACUUGGAAGGUACAUGUUGUAUGCAUAUCAACUUACAAAUGUUAAAACAAUUGAAGCAUCCUAUGCCCAUAUGGGACUUCAGUUCGAAGCUUUCUCUAAUGUUGAACACCAGUCUUUUCAAAGCGUUGCGACAAUAAACACAGCUGUAAAAGAAAAUAUCUACCGGAACCGUUUAUCAUUAAGCGAACAUAACCUACCUGGUCGGGGACCAAACAUAAACUCAGAAUGUCAGAAACCACGACCGUACAUUCCGCCAGUCACUAUAACUGCGUUCUUUCCACCAAAAUUAGAAUAUAUUGAUGUGAGUCACAGUAAAAUUGCAUUCCCUAUUUACGGUUUUUAUAUAGAUUCAAACAACUCGAUUAAAACAGUCAAUGGAUCUAGCUCACUUUUCUUUUGCUGGGACAGACCUAUUCAUGGAUUAAAAAGUAUCGAAAAUAUUGACCUCAGCAACAAUUUUUGUUCCUCUGUUCAUGAACUAUUCUUUAGUAAUUUUCCAAAAUUAAAGCGUGUAUACCUUCAACGAAAUUACCUUCAAUUUGUUGUUGAACACAAGAUGAUAUUUCAUUCGAACUUCGAUCUUGAAUAUGUUGAUUUUUCGAUUAACAAAAUCAAUGCAGUUAAUUCUAAACUGUUUCAGAAUCAAAACAACAUGAAAUGGCUAAAUUUAUCUACUAACAAUUUAAUUGGAUUCUAUGUACCUAUUGUUCACAUGCAAUUCUUAAAAGUACUAGAUCUAUCAGAAAAUCGCAUAAGUACCUUGAGCAAUGAUUUACGAUCUGAUCUUGAAGCUAUAGUCUCAUCCAGGAACAAUGAAACGUUAACAGUGGACUUUACAAACAAUAUUAUUUCAUGCUCGUGUGACAACUUAGAAGUGUUAGAGUGGAUACUUGAGCAUAUGCAUCCAUCGCGAUCACUUCUAGAUGUUCGGAUAUCAAACUGUUAUUACACACAUAAUAUGUCUUCGGGAUAUCCUACAGCAACAAUUAUCAGUACAAAAGAGGAUAUGAUCUACCAAAUUUCUUUUCUGGAAAAGUAUUGCGCUUCAUACACGCCGCUGAUUAUUUCAUUGGUUGCAAUCCUGUUGGUUAUAUUCAACAUAAUACUUGCUUCAAUUAUACAUCGAUUCAGAUGGAAGAUACGGUACUGGUACUACGUGGGAUACAACAAAGAGAUAAAACAUAAAGGAUACUCAACGAUUGAAAGUUCCUUGCGUGAUUUGAUAUUCAAGUACGAUUUAUACCUCGCCUAUGAGGACGACGUCAAAGAAAUUGUUUUUGAUAUACUUAAACCGAAACUUUUGGAUCUGGAAUACACAGUUUUCACGCAUGAUGAUAUUCUAGAUGGAUUACCGCUGUACAACGUUAUUACAAAAUCGAUCCAUGCCAGCCGAGUUGUGGUGUUCGUCCUGUCAAAUGGUCCAAGGGACAGUUUGGAGUGGAAAAUAGCUGCGCACAUAACGAAUGAGGAAUCAAAUCACAGACAAAAGCCUAUGUCCGUAGCUUUGUUCUACAAUUCCGACUCAACUGUUGGCCUCCCGGAAGAACUUCAACUAUUGCGACGCAAUGCGUUUAUUGACUAUCCUGUUAAUGGCAGUGAACAAGAAAUAACGGCUUUUUGGGAAGAUUUUAUAACAUAUAUUAAACGUAAUUAAACAAUUAGCGAGUAAAUUUAGCAAAACUAUAUAUAAAGCAAUAUAGUAGAGAUGGAACUCUUAAACGUCAAGAUUUAAAUGUAUGAUUAUUUAAUGACUUGAAACGUGUGCAACACUUCUGAGUUCUUAAUCUAGCUUCAUAAA